AUGUCGUCCGCACGAGCACCACCAUAUCGACGCCCGGGUCAACCGUCGUCCGGGGGUCAUCUGUCGUCCGGGACCACAACAUCUCGAUCAGCCUCGGCCAGUGAAGACGAGUCACAAUACCAAACCAGCUACCACCCCCACGAAUCGGACGACAUCGCCACCUCUUCUGAAGGUGAUUUCUCGACAGACUCCACCGACGAGGAUCUCGAACCAGAAGACUCAGCCUCAGGAGUCGGCGGUGCUCAUAGAUUUACUCGUCAGCCGCAACAACAACAACAACACCAACAUCUUCAACACCACCAUCACCAGCAACAACAACAACAGCGUGCGCUCCCUUAUCGUCAACACCACAUCCCCCAACGCACCGCUCCUCCUCCAGGUGCCGCCAUUCAGUACCCGUUUCGGCACGGUCCAGCGCCGACCCCUACCGAAAGUCUGGAUUCCAACGACGAUUACGGGUCCCCCUUUGGCCCCCGUUCUGGCUACGGUCAUGUACCGGCGCCCGGCCAUGGGGGGCAUCCCUACUACGGUCGUGGUGGUCACCCGCAGGGUGGCUACCCUCAAAGUCACGUAGGCGGCGGCUACGGCGCACAGAGCCCCUUCGGUCAUCCCGAACACCGGAUCGUGGGAUAUGGUGGCUAUAACCAACAUGCAUUCUCACCAAUGUCGACUCACAGUGGGCAAAGCUACUUCGGAGAGCCUGGGCGGUACGAUAUGAUGCCGUACCAGCAACCCCAUCCGCCGGCUCAUUACAACCAUCACGGCUAUCAACAUCAACAGAUGCAACAACACAUGGGGUACAUGGGCGGACAAUACCCUCCCCCCCCCCCUACAGAAGCACCGCAACAGCCCAAGACCCCCGCACCUGAGCCAGCACCAAAGGAAGACCCUGAGAAGAAGAAGCUCCAGCAAGAGCUCGAACUCUUCAAGAAGAUGCAAGCUGAGAAGGAGGAACAGCAGAAGCAGAAAGAACUGGAAGAGAAGGUCCGGAAGGAGGCAGAAGAGAACAUCAAGCGACGGAUGGAGGCCUUGAAGGAGGCCCAAGAGAUCGCGCAAAGAGAGAUUGAAAAAGCAAAGAUUGAGGCCGAGAAAGCCGCCAGAGAGGCUAUUGAGGCUGAACGCAAAGCUGAGGAGCAGAGACAAAAGCUCCACCAGGAAGCCAUGGCCAAGGUCGAACGGGAAGCCAGGGAGAGGCUGGAACGCGAGUUGAAAGCCGAAGCUGAGCGUAAGAGGCUCGAGGAAGAGGCUCGCAUCAAGGCCGAAGCCGAAGCGAGGCAAAGGCUCAAGGAGGCAAUCCAGGCCGAGGCCGAUGCCAGAGCCAAGGCCGCCGAAGAGGCCGAAGCCAAGAGGAAAUGGGAGGACGAAAUGAGGAAGAAGGCCGAAGACGAAGCCCGUGCCAAGAUGGAGGCCGAGAAGAAAGCAGCUGCCGAAGCUGCGGCGGCGCAAGCGAAACUCGAAGCCGACCUCAAGGCAGCAGCCGAAGCCGCCUGGAUAGCCAAGGUCGCAGCCGAGAAGAAGGCGGCCGAGGAGGCCGCGGCAGAGAAGAAGAGGUACGAGGAGGAGAUGAGACUGAAGGCCGAGGCCGAAUGGACAGCCAAGGUCGCGGCAGAGAAGAAGGCUGCGGAGGAUGCUGCUGCAGAGAAGAAGAGGUAUGAGGAGGAGAUGAGAUUGAAGGCCGAAGCCGCAAUCGCUGCCGAGAAGAAGGCCGCUGAGGAGGCUGAGGCAGCCAAGAAGAAGUACGAGGAGGAAAUGAAGGCCAAGGCCGAGUUCGAAGCUCGUGCCAAAUUGGAGGCUGAGAAGAAGGCUGCCGAAGACGCCGCGGCUGCCGCGGCUGCCGCCAAGAAGGCCGACGAGGAGCUCAAGAAGAAGUACACCGAAGAGGCCAAGGCCAAGUACGAAGCCGACAAGAACAAGGGCAAAGACAAGGCCCCUAUCAAGUUUAAGGAUGCCGUGGGCAGGAAAUUCAGCUUCCCCUUCCACUUGUGCUCGACCUGGACAGGUAUGGAAGAGCUGAUCAAGCAAGCCUUCAUUCACGUGGACGUCAUCGGACCUCAUGUGCAAGAGGGUCACUACGACUUGAUCGGGCCUAACGGAGAGAUCAUCUUGCCCCAGGUCUGGGACAAGGUGGUUGAGCCAGACUGGACCAUUGAGAUGCGAAUGUGGCCCAUGGAUAAGGCGCCUCAACGCAUGCCCAUGCCUGGCAUGCCGAUGGAUCCUAGAAUGCACAUGCCAGGAGGAAUGAGGCAGCACGGCCAUCCUCGAAUGGGUCCAUUCCCUCCGGGAAUGGUUCCUCCGGGUGGCAGGCCCGGCGGCGGUGGCGGCGGCCCAGCACCACCUCCCCCCCCGGGCCAUUUCCCCCCUGGCGUAGGACGGCCUAGCGGUCACGGCAUGGCUGCCAACGUCAUAACAGUCGAGCCCGGCAAGCCCAAGCACAAGAAACCGGCCAAGGGCUCGAUGCUGAAUUUCUUGGCCGGCGGAAAGGCUCCCAAGAAGAAGAACAAGAAAUGA